GAUUUUGCUUCAAUUUAUCUGCAAACUGAAAAUCAUUAUGGAUACUGAUACAUAUUUACUGAACUUUAAAGGAUACAAUUUUGAACGUUCUCUGGUUGAUAUUGAACUACUAGAAAAUCUUGAGGAUUUUGAAAUUAGAGAUGAUGAUGUCUUCAUAAUUACAUAUCCCAAAUCUGGUACCAUCUGGACUCAGCAGAUAUUGAGCUUGAUUUAUUUUGAGGAAGAUCGAACACAAACUCAAAAGAAAGAAACACUUGACCGAGCUCCCUUCCUAGAAUACAACAUUCGCCAUAUGGAUUUCCUCCGAAGACCAUCACCUCGCCUUUUUUCAACUCAUCUGCCGUAUUAUUUAGUACCAAAUGGUCUCAAGAAAAAAAAAGCAAAAAUUGUGUACAUCUACAGAAAUCCUAAGGAUGUAAUCACUUCAUAUUUUCAUUUUUCAAAUUUGGUGAAAACAUUAGAAACUCAAGAAAAUUUGGAUAGUUUCAUUCAGAUUUUUCUAGAUGGAAAAGUGGUAGGAAGCCUUUGGUUUGAUCACAUCAAAGGUUGGUAUGAACACAGAGACAAUUUUAAUAUUUUGUUUAUGUCAUAUGAGGAGAUGAAGAAGGAUCUCAGAAGUGCUGUGCAAAAAUUCUGUAAUUUUCUUGGGAAAAAACUCAGUGAAGGUGAUAUAGAUACUGUUGUGAAGCAAGCUACAUUUAAAAAUAUGAAAUCUGAUCCACGAGCAAAUUAUAAUGAUAUACUCAAAAAUGAAGUUGGGAUAAAAAACAAUGAAGGGCGUUUCCUGCGCAAAGGUAAUACUCAGUGAUUUAGAGAAGCAUAAAUGUUAAGAG